GAUUUCCAGCGAGCGGGUCCUAGGAGACUGCGCGGAGCAGGCAGAAGGGUAGACGGAGGCGAGUGACGCGGCCUCCUGGUAGGACCCGGUGAAGAUGGCGGGCGGGCAGAAGUCGGUUCUGUUUGUCUGUUUGGGCAACAUUUGCCGAUCUCCAAUUGCUGAAGCUAUCUUCAGGAAACUGGUAACAGAUCGAGGCAUUACAAACAAAUGGAAAAUAGACAGUGCAGCAACAUCAACGUAUGAAAUAGGGAAUCCUGCUGACCAUCGGGGCCAGAAGUGUCUGAUGAAACAUGGCAUUACCACGAAUCAUAUUGCCAGGCAGGUAACCAAGAAUGAUUUCUUAACAUUUGAUUACAUGCUAUGCAUGGAUGAAAACAAUUUGAGAGAUUUAAAAAGGAUGGCUGAUAAAGUGAAGAACCUCAAAUCCGAAAUAAAGCUGCUUGGCUCAUUUGACCCACAGAAUCAUCUUAUUAUACAAGAUCCUUAUUAUGGAACUGAAGCAGAUUUUGAAGACGUAUACCAGCAGUGUUUAAGAUGUUGCACGGCAUUCCUAGAGACCACCACAUAACUGUGCUGAGGGCUGUUUUAACAUAUUAGAAAAAUAAUCUUCAAUAAGUAAAAAUCUUGUCAAUAUUACUUUCAAACUUACAAAACUCAUCUCUGAAAAUGAAAUUAAAUAUUUUAGAAACUCAUAUUAAUUUUGAAUGUUUCAUUAUUUACUUUGUUCUGGAGAGGCAGUAGUUUUCCUCCAUUAAAGACACGUGAGUGUGAAUUUCGUUCACAUGAAUUUAAAGCAAAUUUUGUUCAAACUUAUGGUUUGUUUUCAGGAAUUGCUAGUGAGAAGAAUUUCAGAAGAACAUUGCAUUGUUUUAAAAAGAAUUGCUGUCAACUUGCUUUCCUUAUCGAAAAUUGACUUGUAUUUCAGAAAUAAUGAAUAAAUGUGCAUGACAAAAUUCUUAAGUCACAGUGAAGAUUUUUUAUGCGUUACAGUUAAGAGUUAGAAUAACUCCUUCACUUUAAAGUAUACUAUAAUUUUUGUUAUAGUUACAUAGCAACCAUGUUUACUAAUGUGAAGUUUUGCAGCAACCCAAAAUAUGUAAAGAAUGGUCCUUUAUAAUUAAACAUUUUAUUAAUGUUAACUGUUGUUCCAAAACUGAAACCAUUUCUCCAUUAAUUAUCUUUUGUUAAAUUCAGAUUGCUUGAUUGAUCCGAAAUGUUCUUUAACUGCAGUGAGAAUGCACGAUGGUAGCAGAUGUUUGAUUUGAUUGUGGCCAGCUACAAUAAAGUGUUUUGCCGCA